AAUUGAACAAGCAAAAAACAACUUCUUUGCUAGCAGCAGGAUCUGUCCAGGUCGUAUUGGGGUUGCCAUUCAAGCCUCCCCGUCCGUUGGCCAUGGCUUCCUCCAUCACAUUUCUCGCACGCCAUGUGCCAAAGCGGCUCUGUCUGAGUCCCUCGUCUCGGUCGAUUUCCGCCAAAACAUCCAGGACGACAACCUUCUCGAGAUCGAUAUCUGCCUCUGCGCCAUGCCGCUAUGCUGAGGCGUAUCAGGCAACCAGACUGAUUCCAACCGACCCUUCAUUUAGGCCGGAUACUUCAAAAGCUGAUGCAACCCCCUCUGGACUCGAGUCUGAAACCACCUAUGGCCGAAAGAUCCGUCAUUAUACGGUCAACUUUGGCCCUCAGCACCCCGCUGCCCACGGCGUGCUUCGAUUGAUUCUGGAGCUCAAUGGAGAGGAAAUUGUUCGCGCUGAUCCGCACGUCGGCCUUUUGCAUCGAGGCACGGAGAAGUUGAUCGAAUACAAGACAUAUAUGCAAGCUCUGCCUUAUUUUGACCGAUUAGACUAUGUCUCGAUGAUGACGAACGAACAAUGCUUUUCGUUGGCUGUGGAGAAAUUGCUGAACAUUGAGGUCCCCGAGAGAGCCAAAUGGAUUAGAACGAUGUUUGGUGAAAUUACCAGGAUUCUCAACCAUCUCAUGUCCGUCCUUUCCCACGCUAUGGAUGUCGGUGCUUUGACUCCAUUCUUGUGGGGAUUCGAGGAGCGAGAGAAGUUGAUGGAAUUCUACGAGCGAGUAUCUGGUGCGCGUCUUCACGCAGCCUAUGUUCGCCCAGGUGGUGUGCAUCAGGACAUUCCCGUUGGCCUUCUCGAUGAUAUCUAUCAGUGGGCCACUCAAUUUUCCGACCGCAUCGACGAGACCGAGGAACUUCUCACGGACAACCGAAUCUGGAAGGCUAGAACUGUCGGCGUCGGCGUUGUUACCGCUGCCGAAGCUCUCAACUACGGAUUUUCCGGUGUUAUGUUACGUGGUUCAGGUGUCCCAUGGGACAUCCGCAAAUCCCAACCAUAUGAUGCCUACGGACAGGUCGAAUUUGACGUGCCUGUCGGUGUAAAUGGUGACUGCUAUGACCGAUAUCUCUGCCGAAUGGAGGAGUUCCGCCAAUCACUUCGUAUCAUCCACCAAUGCCUAAAUAAGAUGCCGGCUGGGCCAGUGCGUGUUGAAGACUAUAAGAUCAGCCCUCCCCCACGCAUAGCCAUGAAGGAGAACAUGGAGGCUUUGAUCCACCAUUUCUUGCUCUUCACAAAGGGAUAUACUGUACCUCCAGGUGAAACCUACUCUGCCAUUGAGGCUCCAAAGGGUGAAAUGGCGGUUUUCCUUGUCAGUGACGGUAGCGAACGACCCUACAGAUGCAAGAUCCGUGCCCCAGGUUUCGCACAUCUAGCGUGCUUUGACCAGCUUUCCCGAGGCCAUCUACUAGCUGAUGCAGUUGCAAUCAUCGGUACUAUGGAUCUCGUGUUCGGUGAGGUCGAUAGGUGA